UUGCGUCGUGACGUCAUUUGUUAUGCCUGUCUUUGCAUUUCCGAGCAGUUGAGCUAAUAUGUUUCCAACUGUUUUCUCGCGUUACAGUCGAAUAGAUAUCGAAUACAUCCUGGCGUACGUAUAUUGCCUACCUCUUGACUUAACAAAAUGAUUAAGAGAGAAAAAAUUCUCCAUCUGAAGAGCAGCCGGGGGCGAAAAGUCCGUGUUGUCCGCGAACAUUAUUUGAGGGAGCGAGUUCCAUGCUACAGCUCUCUGUGUCUUGCCGGCUGUGACAACGAUGGCAAGGUGUUGCCGGGAGAUUUGACCCACUAUGUGGUGCCUGAUGUCGGAGUUGUGGUUGACUACCAGGAGAUCUUGGAGUUCAGAGAGCUGCAAGGAAUCAUCUACACCCAGACAGCCUGCCAAGGUGUCUAUCACUGCAAAGGACGCAGGCAAUAUAACCGCUUGCGAAACCUGCUCAAAGACCCCCGACAUGACUGUGUUCUGUUUGCGAAUGAAUUCCAAGAAUUUUCCUUCUGUCAGCGGGAGAAUGGGGAGAGUCAAGAACAGUGGCAGACAAGGUGUGUGUACUCUGCAGCAGUUUGGUACUAUAACCACCUAGCUGGUAUGAUGGAUGUUGUGAUGAUAACAGAGGACCAGGACAUUAUUGCUCGGUAUAGCAGCCUCCACACUGGAGUGUACGUCAUCUCUGUCCAGGAAUAUUUGCAAAACUUCUGGUCAGAGCUACGGGCGGCUCAUGAAUUGUACAGCUCCAUUUGCCAGGCUCUACAGCAGAAGGAGAGCGAGUGCACUGAAAAAGAGUUUACUGACCACCUACCAGCUGAAAUCCUGGAGGCUGGUAUCAAAUCUGGACGCUAUAUUCAGGGAACUCUGAAUGUCAACAAACACAGAGCACAGACGGAAGCUUCUGUCAGAACGGAGGGUCUCUCAGAUAAAAAUACAGAGCUGAGCAGCGAGGUGUUGGUGUAUGGAAACAAGCAUCGUAACAGGGCUGUGCAUGGCGACGUGGUCGCGGUGGAGUUGUUGCCGAAGAGCGAAUGGAGAGGGAAGGUUAGCACUCUGACCGAAGGACAGCCGGAGGAAAAGAAUGGAGACGACACCCAAAGUCAGCCCAUGCCUACAGGAUGCGUUGUGGGGAUCUUGCAGAGGAAUUGGAGGGACUAUGUGGUCACGUUUCCUCCGAGGGAGAGCACACAGUCCCAGAGCAGGAAUUCUCAGCGCAUCCUGACUGUGCCUUGGGACCAUCGCAUCCCGAAGAUCCGCAUCAGCACGCAGCAGGCCGACGCCUUGCAGGACCACAGAGUGGUAGUACGCAUUGACUCAUGGGAAAGCACGUCAUUGUAUCCCAACGGACACAGUGUGAGGGUUCUGGGUCGGGCUGGCGAGCUUGAGACUGAAGUACAGACCAUCCUCAUCGAAAACUGCAUCCACGUUCCUCCCUUCUCCGAUGCACAGCUGAGAGAAAUGCCUGCAAAUUCGCCCGAGAAGCCCUGGAAGGUGGAUCCUUCUCAGGUGGCUGUGCGACAGGACCUGAGGGACAGUCACUUGGUGUUCAGCAUCGACCCCGCGGGCUGCGAGGAUGUUGAUGACACGCUGUCUGUGCGGAGCCUCGCAGGAGGGAUGGUGCUGGAGCUCGGCGUCCACAUUGCUGAUGUGACACACUUUGUUUCUCAAGGCUCCCUGACUGACUUAGAAGCACACGCAAGGGCUACAACUUACUACCUUGCAGACCGCAGGUAUGACAUGUUGCCAGCGAUUCUCAGUGCGGAUAUCUGCUCUCUUUUGGGAGGACUCGACAGAUAUGCAAUGAGUGUGCUGUGGGAGCUGGACGCGCAAACCCUCGCUGUCAACAAUGUGUGGUACGGCCGCACUGUCAUUCGCUCCUCCUACCAGCUGGACUAUGAGCUGGCUCAGGCCCUUCUCAAUGGAGAGCAGGGCGAGGUAGCAGAGCUGACCCGGCUGAGCUCUCGCGAGAAGGACGCCAAGUUGGCUGAGCUCAGGCAGGCUCUGCAGGUGCUGACCCACGUGGCACGACACCUGCGGGCGCAGCGAGAUCAAGGCGGUGCUUUGGAACUGGAAGGGGUGGAGGUGCGUGCACAGCUGGACAAUGAAAAAAACAUCACGGCUCUGGUCCCGCGCCAGCCCCUCGAGAUUCACGAGACAGUGGCCGAGUGCAUGAUCUUCGCCAACCACUGGGUGGCGCGCAAGAUCCACGAGGCCUUUCCCCAUCAGGCGCUGCUUCGGCAUCACCCGCCUCCGAGACAAGAGUUCUUCAGCCAGCUGGUGGACAGCGCCAAGUCCAGGGGCUUCACCAUCGAUACCAGGUCCAAUAAGGCUUUAGCUGACUCUCUGGACCAGGCUGUGGACCCACAGGACCCAUUGUUGAACAGGCUGCUAAGAAUGAUGGCUACCCAAGCCAUGUCUCAGGCAAUGUAUUUCUCUACCGGUGCAAUUUCCCAAGACCAGUACUACCACUAUGGUUUGGCUCUGGACCGCUACACACAUUUCACGUCACCCAUUCGUCGCUAUGCCGAUGUGGUGGUGCACCGCCUUUUGACCGCAGCCAUUGACUUGGAGAGUGGGCGGAGCCCUGCCAAAGCGCUAGCCAGUAACAAGGAGCUGGAGGAGUUGGCUCAUCAUAUCAACAAGAAGAACAGGGCAGCCCAACAGGUGCAGAAGGUGUCCACUGAGUUGUUUCAGUGUCUAUAUUUCAAAGAAAGGGACCCUGACAAGGACCAAUGUUGUGUGGCCGAUGCUGUCGUUUACGCCAUCCGAGACAACGGCGUCUUGGCGUUUGUGCCGCUGUAUGGCAUGAAGGGGCCCGUGUACCUGAAGAACCGAGACGGUCAGGUGCUUUCUGCGGGACAGGACGGCGGCUGCGAGUGGCAGAGCGGUUCUGUGCACCGCUAUUCAGACCGUAUUACGACCACGUCCCUCAUCGGAAUCACCACCUUCACGCUGUUUAGCCACAUCACUGUUCGUAUCUCCAUACAGUCUUCGCGUUGUCACGCCGACAGCGUCAACCUCGAGCUCGUCAGCAACAGGCCGCACCAGAGCGUGACGCUCGGCCAGGCUCAGUCGCAUGGCCGCAGCCAGCUGGUUCAGGAGGUGGUGCGCAUAGCCGAAGAGGCGUCACAACAGGCUCGGGGGAAGGCGACGCGCCAGCCCAAACUGUCCAGAGAGGAGCAAGAAUUCUGCCAAAGCAAAAGCCCAAACCUCUACUUACUCUUGGAGGAGAUUCGAGAGCUUUCACUGAUGGACCUGGAAUGUACAACUCCAGCCUUGAGACAGUCAUGUAUUCUGAAUGCCUGAUUGGAUGUGGACUCAUUACACUCUUUUCAGACUUUUUUUUUCAACAGGAA